GGGCUAUUAAUUGUAUAAAAUCGAACGGGGAUGAUAUUUUUGGUUUAUUUCUUAGAGGGUAUUGACAGGGUUAUGGAACUGAGUGUUGCGAUACUUGCUGCCAAGUGUUGAGUCAGUGUCCAUCCCGAGACUUCUACCGUCUGAAAUCACUUUUUGACGGUAAGACACCAUGACGUGGGGCCGGCUCACACCAAAGAGCGUCUGUUUGUUCGUCUCAUGUUUUCUAGCACCCUUCAACCCGGUGGUCAGCUUUCCAGCGGCUCAGCCAAACUUUGAUCGCCUGGAUGCCGUCAUUUUCCCUCCACGACCACCUUCCGGAGUAAAGCAACCAUUCCCGGAGUUUCUUGGCGGCGAGCCGGCACCAAAGCCACGGCUUGUGGACCCUCUGGUGCGACUCGACGAUGCUAAACUUUCACCACCCGGUCACUCAUUCCAGGACAAGACGCAACUGUUCCCGCCACGGUCGUAUCACUUUCAUAUCAGACCGAUCAAACCCCAAGAACAGAUGCCGUCCAACGCCUCUCACUCCCCGGUCGAUUCUUCGGCACGUGACUCCAAGGUGAAACAACGUUUCACCAACAUGUUCUUCAACAGCGACGCGUAUUUCCCGCCCAUUCCGGACCUGCCACCGCCGCCAAGGUCGCCAUCACGGCAGGCCCAGAGAAAGAGAAUUCGCUCCGAGUACGACCAUCACCAGUUUCCGCAGAUCCAAGAGUUUCCUACGAUACCGAGAUGGAUGGAAAUGCUCGGCGGCAAUAAUCGGCCGUUCCCCUAUGAUUUCGCAAAAGACACCAUAAAGAACCCUAUGAUGUGACUGAUGGACAAGCCACCGAAUGCAGAUGUAUCAAGAGGACUGGCUUUUUUAAUCAGGAGGAAAAUCUUCCCGAGCCCCGGAAACACCGAGAGACAAUGAUCCCUAGACGCCAUCUACAACUACAAUCUUAAGAUAAACCAUGCCCGGAGCCAAGGCGGAUGUGUCCGACAGGAUUUCUGUUCCAGAUCGGAACUUUUCACUAUUUUUUUUCUCUCUCGUAAUUUUACUUUAAAAAGAACAUUUUUAUCGUUUGGCUACAAUCUCUGCGACUCUGUGUCAUCGCCAAUUAAUCAGAAUUAAGGAGCGCCGUUCAAAAAUGGCCAAAGCCUAAGGAUGCCACGCGGUAAAAGCUCUCCUGAACAUAAAGUGUUGUUAUGCGUUUUCGAGAGAGUUUUUGUUUGUAAUGAACGAGAUUUUCUGAUAAUUUGAGAAAGACUUUGCCACGCAACAUCAUGGUCACUUUACUCGUAUAAUCAUAUGGAAAGAGACAUUUUUUAGUUCUUACUAUUGUUCAUUUAGGAAUAUGAAGGGACCCAGACCAUUUCCCCCUUCGAACCUCGUUUUCGGUUACAUCGAUUUAAAUGGGAAUGCAUUAGAAGGAUGGAGGAACUAAUAUAGGAGAAACAUCCACGAGGCAAGAUUGUUUUCUUCCUUUCUUUCCUCUAUCUUUAAUAAACUCAGACGAUUUCAUCCCUACUGUACAUUUUCUUCGUUGGAGUCCACAUACUAUUCAGUACAAUAGACGGGACAGCCAUCUUGUAUUUCUCCCAUUAAAAUCAGCGCCACCAAACCGAGGCUGGAAUAGCAAUAUUAGUCUGGUGCAUGUUUUAGUGCAGAAUUGAAUCAGAUGCGUUCCGUAUACUAAACACGGAACUCGUUUUCAUGUUACUAAACGCUUUCGAAGACAUAAGAGGGUUUACUUUGAAUUUGUUGGUUUAGUAUCAUGCCGAUAACAUUUUCCGAAAAGCAAGUACAGCGAUAAGCUGUUUUUCCAUAAAACGGGGAUGAAAGUGUAAAAAGAGACCGAGAUAGGACAUUCGAUAUUCACAUCCGUACAUAAAGUUUGAAAGGGGAAAACACU